AUAAAAAAAACAGAACAAAAUGUGGUAAGGUUGCGUUGAAAAGCUGAAGUGAAGGAAAAGAAAGCUAUGGUGUUCUCUGCCAAUCCCUUUGCACUCAGCGUUCCCGAACCCGCCUUCGAAUCAUGGCUCCGCGACACUGGUUACCUCGAAGUCCUCGACCACCGAACCUCCGCCGCUGCUUCCGCCGCCGCAACCUCCAAUUCCGCCCCGAUACCCACCACCGGUCUCUUCUCUCGCCUCGUGACCCUCCUCUCCCUCUUCACUCUCAACCCCUUUUCUAAGCUCACCGCCGAGGAUUUCGCCGGCGACACCCCUUCUUGGUCCCGCUCCUUCAUCGGCUUCUGCGGCUCCUACUCCUUCCCUUCCUCUCCCUCCCAAGCUCGCUUCAGGGUCCUCGAAAAUGUCAAGCGUUACGCUCGCAACUACGCCUUCCUCUUCAUCGUUUUCUUCGCUUGCGCUUUGUAUAAGAUGCCUCUUGCCCUUGUUGGGUUGAUUUCAUGUUUGGCAUUGUGGGAUUUCUUCAAGUAUUGUAGUGAUAGAUGGGGGUUGGAUCAAUAUCCUCUCAUUCGACAGUGUUUGCUUCGCAUUGCGCAAUGUGCAACAGCAGUUAUUCUAAUAUUUUCCAAUGUUCAAAUGGCUCUCUUUUGUGCAUUAAGUGUCGGCUAUGCAGGUGUGAUACUGCAUGCUGCAUUUCGGAAGUUGACCCCUGUAAAGCCCCCUUCUUCAAGCAGAAGUAGAUAGUUGGUUAAUUGAAGAAACAGUGACACACUUGCCUUUAUACAGGACCAGCAGAUCAUAGUUCACUACUUCAGUGAUUCAGGGGGCUUUGGUACAAAAUGGUGCUUACAAUGUAGAUUUAGAGGACAUGACUUUGGUACAGAAGACUGUGCAAUGUAGAAUUUAGGGACAGGUAUUGGCUUAGGCACUGAUAGUCUCUAGUUUGAUGAUUUUCAUGUUUAGAUUUACAUGUAGUAAGAAAGGGUUCAUUAUUUCUACAUUUAUCUUAUGUUUAUUUAUUUUCUACUUUCUAAAUGCCAGACAAAAGACAGAAGUUUUGAAUUUCAUUUAAUGAUAUAUGUAAGAAAUAAGAAUGAUGAGAUACCAAA